GAUUUCCAUAAAUUAUGAGCAAACAAGAUCAAGAUGCUUCAUAAAGAAGCAGCCCGGAUGUUCCCAUACUCUAGCCAUGGUGAGAAAAUUGCCAAGACUGACAUCCAGGACUUGGUUAACCGCCUGGAUGUAGUCAAGGACCUCACCUUUUUGAAAGGCAAGAAUUGCAGAGAAGUUAUGGAGAAAGCUCUAAAUGAGCAAGAGAAAAAGAACAUUACAAAUUCUAUCAUGAGAAAGGUCAAGUUCGAGCAGAAAAUGAGAAUGAGUGAAUUUAAAAGACAAGUCAAGAUAGCUCAAAAGAAUGAACGGAUCAGAAAAGGGACUCCCAAAUGGACAAGGUCUGAUACCAUCAAGCAGAUCAAGCAGCACAAAUAAGUCAUUUAUUGAGUACAUCGGGGAUAUCUGCACUAAAAAGGAAGAAACUGUAGCUCGAAAUACAGAUAUUAAUGUUCCAAAACAAAGAUAUUUCCUUAAUAAAAGAGAAAGGGACAAGAUCUCACAAGAUACUAAAAAUAAAGUUCCAGCUUCAAAAAUGGCUCGGAGCUAUACCCAAGGAAUCAAAAUUAGCCUGGCCAAGAUUGGGAUUGAAGAGGAUGCACCAUACCAAGAGAGUCAUGAUAUUUUGAAGGCAAAGGCAGCAUCUAGGUUGAAUUCCCUCAGGCGGAAUAAACAGCACUACCCGAAGAUUGACACUGUCAAGAUCAUUUCAGGGGUGAUUUAGAUGACUCAAUUUUACGAUA